AUGGCGCUCAUGAACACGCUCCGCGCCUGCCCACCCCCCGUCAUGCUUCCACCCAUCUCCCCCUCAUCCCCCACUUCCCCACCUUCUCUGCGGAUAUCCGGAAGGGGUUCCGCCAGUAUGGCGCUCAUGAACAUGCUCCGCGUUCCCCUCCUGCCGCCCCGCGCCUCCGCCCGCGGAGCCAUGUCUGGGGACGGGGAGAAGUGCGCGCGGGGAAGGGGGCAUCCCGGGGGGGGAAUGGAGCCGGGUGGAAGGAUGGGGGGACAGGGAGGGAGGGUUGAGGGGGGAAGGGGGUGGGGGAGGGGGGGGAGGGGAUGGUUGAUGGGGGGGGAUGGAGGGGAAGGGGAGGGAGGGGGUGGUUGA